GUAAAAACAGACAAGAAAGAUGUUCUUGAUUUUGGUGACUUGACUUACGGAGGCUGGAAAGCUCUCCCAUUAAAACUGAUAAAUAGGACACAUGCCACCGUGCCAAUCAGACUGAUUAUUAAUGCUGAUGCGAUAGCCUGGCGCUGCUUCAUGUUUUCCAAGGAACCCAUCUGUGCUUCUGUGAAAGCUGCUCCUUGUGCUGAUGUAGUCACUCAGCUGGCAGCCACUUCUGUGGUCAGUCACCUGAUGCCUGCCAGUUACGAUGGACAGGAUCCAGAAUUUCUGAUAAUUUGGGUUCUUUUCCAUAGUCCAAAGAAACAAACCAGUUUUUCAGAGAUUCUAGACUCAGCAGAAGAAUUCUUGGCAAGAGUUGAUAUAGAAGUUGACAGCCCAAACCCUACACCAGUUCUUAGAAGCGUUGGUCUCCGGGCAAGAGCAGGAGUAGCUAGGAUACAUGCUCCGAGGGACUUACAGACUAUGCAUUUGUUGGCCAGUGUGGAUUCCUUAACAAAGCAACACUUACCUUUGAAAAAUGCUGGGAAUAUUGCAGUUUAUUUAGACAUCAAGGUCCCAGAACAAGGAAGUCACUUUUCAGUGGAUCCAGAGACUCUAUUCCUUAAACCUGGAGAAGAACGUGAAGUUAUAGUUUCAUUUAUUCCAAAGGAUCUCAAAGUCUGUGAGGAAAGGAUCUUGAAAAUAUUUGUCCAGCCAUUUGGACCUCAGUAUGAAGUAGUAUUAAAAGGCGAAGUAAUAGUUUCUCCAGGAAGUAAACCUCUGCCACCUGGAUCUUGCUGCUCAGAUAUUCCAUCAAUUUUGUCCAACAAGCAGUUUCUGGCUUGGGGAGGUGUCCCUCUUGGAAGAACACAGCUUCAGAAACUAGCUUUAAGAAAUAAUUCUACAUCUGCAACCCAACACUUACGACUGCUUAUUAGAGGACAAGAUCAGGACUGCUUUCAGCUUCAGAGUACCUUUGGUGUAGAAGAGCGAUUGACCAGUAACUGUGAGAUCAGAAUUGGCCCGAAAGAAGACAUUAUCAUCUCUGUAUUAUUUGCACCUACUCGAUUAUCUUGUAUGUUGGCUAAACUAGAAAUCAAACAGCUUGGAAAUCGAUCCCAACCAGGCAUUAAGUUCACAAUACCUUUGUCUGGAUAUGGAGGAACAAGUAAUCUCAUUUUGGAAGGUGUUAAAAAAUUAUCUGACAGUUAUAUGGUAACAGUGAAUGGCUUAAUACCUGGCAAAGAAAGUAAAAUUGUUUUUUCUGUCCGCAACACUGGCUCUCGUGCAGCUUUUGUUACAGCAGUAGGUUUUAAGGAUUCUCAGAAAAAAGUUUUGCUGGAUCCUAAAGUAUUAAGGAUUUUUCCAGAUAAAUUUGUGCUCAAGGAAAGAACACAAGAAGAUAUUACUUUAAUAUAUAAUCCAUCAGACAGAGAGAGCUGUUAUAAAACUGGAACGGAACUGUCAACUAUAUACUUCUUUGGUGGAGAUGAAAUUUCAAGACAGCAGUAUCGAAGAGCCCUAUUACAUAAACCAGGGAUUAUAAAACAGAUACUUCCAGAACAUAGUGUGCUGCAAAGCAUGAAUUUUGCUGAAACAUUUCAAGAUGAGCGACUAGUAACUGAAGUGUAUGAUCUUCCCCAACGGCCUAAUGAUGUUCAGCUCUUUUAUGGAAACAUGCGUAAAAUUAUACUUUCAGUAAUUGGAGAAUUCAGAGAUUCCAUUUCUAGCAGAGAAUUUCUUCAGCCUUCUUCCAAAGCUAGCUUGGAAUCUAAAAGUGAAUCAGAAACUUCUGGAAAACAUAGUGGCAAUGUCUCUUUGGAUGUUUUACCAGUUAAAUGUCCUCAAGAUUCUCUUCUCUCACAAGCUGUUCACCCACCUCAAGAAAAAUCAGUCACUGAAGAGAUAUGGACUGUCCAACCUGAACACUUGAUUUUGGUAGCUCCUUCUCCUUGUGACGUGGCAAAGACUGGACGCUUCCAGAUUGUAAAUAAUUCUGUUAGUUUACUGAAAUUUGAGCUGUACUGGCCGGCUCAUUGCCUCACAGUCACACCACAACAUGGAUUUAUUGCACCAGAGAGUAAACUACAAAUUCUUGUGAGUCCGAAUUCCUCCUUAUCCACGAAACAGUCAAUGUUCCCAUGGAGUGGUUUGAUCUAUAUACAUUGUGACAAAGGACAGAAGAAAAUUGUGAAAGUUCAAAUUCGGGAAGAUUUGACUCAGGAAGAGCUUUUAACUCGUUUGGCCUCCAGCUCAUGUGGAAUUCUUCCUUCAGCAUCUGAGCCUUCAAUUAGUCAUUUGGUAAAACCGAUAACAAAACCACCUUCCACGAAGGUUGAAAUAAGAAACAAGACUGUUACUUUUCCUGUGACAGAACCUGGUAAAACUUCAGAGAGCUGGCUGGAGCUCGAGAAUCAAGGCACCACAGCUGUGAAGUGGCACCUGUCGUCUUUAGCGCCACCUUAUGUCAAGGGAGUUGAUGAAAGUGGAGAUAUUUUUAGAGCUACCUAUUCAGCAUUCAGAUGUUCUCCUAUUUCUGGUAUACUGGAAAGUCACAGAAUGCAAAGGGUCUCCAUCACAUUUUUGCCCAGAGAUAGGGGGGAUUAUGCCCAGUUUUGGGAUGCUGAGUGUCACCCACUUAAAGAGCCUCACAUGAAACACACGCUGAGAUUUCAGCUGUCUGGACGAAGUGUCAAAGCAGAAAAUGAAUCUGAAGGUGCAUGCGUGUCCAUGGCCACCCUCGCUAAAAUAGAUAAUUUAGUUAAGCCCCGAAGACAAGCUGUGUCAGCAGCUUCUGCUCUCAUACCUGGGCAGCUUGAUUUGACUCACCGUGGAGUUUAUGCCCCGGAAGAUAUGUACAGGUUUCUCCCAACUAGAGUGGGGGAAUCAAGGACGCUGAAGGUCAAUUUGCGAAACAAUUCUUACAUUACACACGUGCUGAAGUUUUUAAGUCCCAGAGAGCCUUUCUACGUCAAACAUUCCAAAUAUUCUUUGAGGUGAGUUUAUCAUAAAUCAUAACAUCCUCAUCAGUGGUCCAGGACUUUUCCCUUGGGACUUAGAGCUCAUGAGGUCUCCUCUGUUGUAGCCAUUC